CUCCCACCCGCGCAGCAGCAUGCGGGCCGGCCGCCGCGCUCCCUCGGAUGCGCUCCGCCCGCCGCCGCCCUCAGCGCAGCCCGCCGCCGCUCACCCGGGCGCUGGAUGAGACGGGAGCGGGGAGAUCGCCGCCGCGGUUCCGCCCGCUCCUUCAUGCGGGGCUCUGCUCCGCCGCCGAGAAGGAGCGCCCGCCUCGCCCCCCGCCGCCCGCGGGGCCCCGCAUGGCGUGCUACCUGGUCAUCAGCUCCCGGCACCUCAGCAACGGCCACUACCGCGGCAUCAAAGGCGUCUUCAGGGGACCGCUCUGCAAGAAGGGCGCUCGCUCGCCGGUAACUGCCACCUCCUCGCUCCCUCCCCCACUUGUCCCCCGCACGGACUAUGCUGAGAAGGAGAAAGCUGCAGCCAAGGCUCUGGAGGAUGUGAAGGCUAAUUUCUACUGUGAACUAUGUGACAAGCAGUACCACAAACACCAGGAAUUUGACAACCACAUCAAUUCUUACGACCACGCUCACAAGCAGAGAUUGAAAGAUUUAAAACAAAGGGAAUUUGCUCGAAAUGUGGCUUCAAAGUCAUGGAAAGAUGAGAAGAAACAGGAAAAAGCACUCAAGCGUCUACACCAGCUUGCGGAGUUACGGAAGCAGUCAGAAUGCAUCACUGGGAAUGGACCAUUGCUUAAAGCCCCCAGAUUAGUCGUGGAAAAGCAGCAAUCACCAGAUGGCAUUUUCCUCUACAAGGGAAACAAGUUCCCAGCCAGUUCUCAAAGAAUCGCCAUGAGUGAACGACAAGGUUUCUCCAGCAGCGUACUAGAGAAACAGCAGCUUAUCAUAAGCAGCCAUCAGUCCUCUGCUGAAAGACCCCAUGUACUUGGAAAUCAAGUCUCACAACUGUUUCCAGAUAGCACCAAUACUUCUCAAAGGGCAGGAGUGUCUUUCUCAUUCUCUAAAAAAGUCCCUUUGAAACUUGAGUCCUCGGCAUCAGUCUUCAGUGAGAACUCUGAAGAAGGAAAUGAUUGUAGUGAAUCCCCCAACCCUAAACCAAAACAAGCUCCUGAGGGCUGUUGUUCUGGCACAGUUUUGGAGGAGGACGUGAAAGCAAGCUUAGAUAAAGGGCCAUUGAUCACACAAGACCUAAUGGAUUUAGAUAACAGUUCAUCAAGUCACGUAGCUGCAAAACCACAAAUUGUGAAGGAAUAUUAUAAAAUUAGUGAUAGAGAAUUAGAAGAAAAGGUCAGUGUUCAUCCUUCAUUUUCCAAAGGCAAAAUAAGGCUUUCAAAUUCGGAUUUUUCUGGUUCAAUAAGAGAAACAGAGCAAGAGAGCAAAUUAAAAGAACCUGAGCAAUUGUUAGAAACUUUCAUUUCACCUUCACGCCAAGCUAGCGAUUUUUCUACACAGCCAAACACCUACAAGCACAGCAAUGCCCACUUGUCUGACCAGUUACCUGAGCGCCCACAACAGCCAGAACCUCAGAUGGCAUGUACAAGCAACAUUAAUCCCAGUCCUGGGAUGGUAAAACGAGAAAGAUCUUUGGAGAGUUCAAAAACCACAAGUGGUAAUAUGGAAACACUUCCAAUGGAGACCGUGGUUAAGGAGGUUAAGCCCCAGACGUUGCCUUUCCUCCAUGUAGUGAGCAAAGAUGGCACCACUGCUCUGCAGUGGCCCACAGAAUUACUUUUGUUUACAAAAACCGAGCCCUGUAUUUCAUAUGGCUGUAAUCCAUUGUAUUUUGACUUCAGACUCUCUUUAAAUCACAGAGAUGGUAAACAGCAUGAAACAAAAAAAGCAAGCUGUAAAGAGCACUCUAUAAAUAAGACUGCAGAUGAAAAUGAAGCCUCAGGUUUAAUAAAACACAAGCAAAUGUCAAAUGAACAAGAUAAUCAGUUGUUGAAACCAAAGAAGAUGAAAGUUUCCCUACAUCCAAGAAAGGCCAGGAAAAAAGCUGACUCAGACAUAGGGAAAGAAAUGAAUGAAAAUGGUCAAAAAUACAUUGCAGAUUAUUUGAAUGAAAAUAUACCCAAAGUGCCUGCUUACCUUGAUGUCUCAAAACAGGAUUAUGUGAUAGAAAAAAAUCUUCAUACAACAACACUGAGAAGACCUUUAAAGCAUCAUUUUCAUAACUGUGAAAGAAAAAAACAUAACAUUAGAAAUGAAAGCAUUUCCUUUUCUGCUUUUAUGUCUAGGAUUAAAAAGUCUAAAGCUGCAAAAUGUCGUGUUAUUUAUUCUAAGGAAAAACGCGAAAACCGAAGUGACUGCAGAUCCAUUCAAGAUGUGUCCAGCUGCAGCAGUGACAUAAGUGACAGUGGAAAAGACUCUAGUGGAAGUUUCCUUAGCUAUAAGUUCAGUUCAAGCAGCAGAUAUUCAGAAAAUGAAGGAUGUGGAAGUUAUAUGAGAUGCUGGAGAUUCCUGUCUCCUCAAAAGUCCUCCUUUGACAGACAUUCCAGCUAUUCUGACACUUCAGCCAGCAGUACAAGUAGCUACAUGAGCUACUCGAGUCCCACAUCGAACAAUCACAACAGAAAUCAUUUGCUUUUUUGUUGUAAAAGAAAAGCCAAGACAGCUGCAAGGCACAAAUGUAAACACAGAAAGCACAAGUGUAUUUUCACUUCUGAUAAUACAGACAAGGAUUCUCUUUGUCAUUGUAGAAGCCACAGAACAAGAAACUGCACACAGAGGGGCACAAUUAAAUAUCAAAGAUGUUCAAGACAUAAAGUUUUUCAACACAGAGACAGAUCUAAACACAGCAGACAUAGACAUUGGCGUUUUAGUAAAGUGCAUAGAAUUAGAAGCUACCAUAACUCCAGAAGCUGUUCCACUAGAGAUUCAAGAAGCAGCGAAAGAUCAUCUAGUAGCAGACUAUCAAGAGGCAGCAGUUCAGCAUCCUUCUCAAAAGAAAUUAACUGUGACAACAAAACAAAAGAGGGCACAGAAAGAGGUCCUAACACCAAACCACGAAAAGCUGAAACUGCACAUUACAGUGUUCUGAAUGUGAAUGGUCAGUCAAAAAGCUUUGCCACCUGCCCUUCUGAAAGCCUGGCAAAAGACAUAUGUGGUAAAAGAAAGUCACUGACAGCCAAGUUACUUUUAGAAAGAGUGCAGUCCAAGAAAACCCAGGAAAAAAUGCACAAUUUAGAGAGAUUUUCAAACACUUGUGGGGUUGAACUAAAGGAUCACCCACAAAGUCACUUUGCUAUUCAGUUUUCAGCAUCAGUAGAUGACAGUGCAAUGUUACCUUUGCCAGAGAAACUGCUAAGCAUAGGUAAAAAUGACAUGGGGCAUAAUGAAAUCAAUUCGUUUGAAACCAGUGUGAAGAAAAACAACUUUGAAGCCUCAGAGAUAACUAGUGUUGCUCUUUCAACAGGCACUGAUUAUGAUCAUUGUCUUUUUAACGACAUCAUUCAAAUAGGAACAGGCUAUCAGAGCCCAAGCAUAAAAAGGAACACAGCAAUAAAGGAACAAUCCAAUCUCUUCAUUAGUGAAGUGCAACCCUUUAUACAAAGCUGUGACUCGGUACCAAAUGAUUUCCCUGGUGCUUUUCCCUCUAAUAGAUAUUCUGUUGUUGGUGAUUCAACAGAGACCAAAGAAGAACUACAUGAUAUAAACAUGGACUUGAACUUGGCAGAAGGCAGUUCAGACUCUCUUUGCGACAAUGCUAUGCAGAAGUAUGAUGACACAGUAAGUGACCCAGAAGUGUACAGUCAAUCCACUUCCCCUCCUCUAACGCAGCAGCCUGUCACAUUUUCACCAGAGGAAGUUGACAAAUACAGGUUGUUGCAGCUGCAAGCCCAGCAACAUAUGCAGAAACAGCUUCUGGCAAAACACCUGAAAGUUUUGCCUGCCCCAGGACCAGCUGCCUCCUCUGAGACACCAGCAGUUCCUGCCCUUCCUGCUCAGCAACAUGCUACUGUCACCACCAUCCACCACACGCUGUUGCAACACUUUGCUAUCUCAGCAUCUGUACAUCCCCACGGCAGCCAUCUCUCCCUGACGCACCUCCACCCUCUCACUCAGGCACAAUUUGCACCCAUAUCACUUUCGCCUUUAGCACCAGCCUUCAUUCCCACUCACCCUGCUCUGCUGACAGGACACCCACUGCACUUGGUGUCUGCCACCCCUCUCCACCCUUCCCCACUGACCUUCCCCACACUGCCACACACUGCCUAUAUCCCAACCUUAUUUACACCACACCUGAAUGCAGCCAUACCUUCUCCUAUACAUCCAAAUCCCAUAGUUCAUCCAUUAUUCCAAGGGCAAGAGCCUCAUCACCAUUCUUGCUCUAGCCAGACCCAACAGUUUCCCACAAUAAAAGAAGUUUUCAGUGUUUCCAGCUAUUUAAACUAGCCCAAAUUAUUAUAUCAUGGCUCCAAACCCAAGUUUGAAUAAUAUAAAUUAUUCGGUGUUCAGUCACAUGUCUGAGGAGAAAUUUACUGUUUUGCUGAGAGGACAAUGGCAAAUAUUUUUUAAGGUCCAUGUUCUGGCUGACAGUAUACAGAUGUUGAUUUAGUUCUUAUAUCAGUAAGCAAAAGCUUUUUUAAAGCUUUUUAUGAUACUGUCACAAGGAGGUUUGGGUCCAGCGAGUGUCAUUCUGUAGAAGGUUUGGAAAGACCACCUGAAGCAAGGUAUGUGACUGGUGGUAGAAAUAGCACCACAGAAUACAGAUACAAUGGGACCAAGAUAUCAAUACUAAUGAAUGAUUUAAAGUAGCACAAUUUAAGGAAAAACAAUCUUGGCACACAUUGAAGUCUUGAUUUUCUGAGUGUUUAUAUGUGAUGGCACAGUAUUUGGUCUGUUUAAAAUAUUUCAUACUAGAACAAAAAAGAAGGCAUCUGGGACGAGAAGUCACUGGUUCUUUCCCCUGUCCAAAAAAAAUUUAGGAGUUUCAGAGUGACGGGUGAUGCAUUAACACUAGAAGACAAGGGUCACAACACCAUCUCAAAGAUACUUUAGUGUUUUUAUCUCUGUGAUAGGUCACUUGGAUAGUUUAAAGGGACUGCUGUCCGGCCACAAGUAUGUAACAAAAAAUUCCCUUAGUGGGGGGGGGCUCUGUGCUGGCAUAAGCAGACUGCUACUUUUCUCCCUGAGCCAAGCAUCCACAAAGACAAAGGGAAGAAGAGGAUGAAGCUAAGUUCUUUGACGCUGCCUGCCGGCAGCUGUAUCAUGGGUAUGCUAGGGGUGGGCUGCAGCAGCCCAAAAGUACCAGUCAGCUGGUGCUGGGCUUGAACCUCAGACGUCCUUGGCCAAGACUGACACAUUCUUUCCUGCCAGACAGAGCUCUGAUUUGUGGGAGAGUCUUGCCCAAAGAAGGUAUAAAUAUGUUUUCACCCUUUCACAAACAACAUGAACAAUUCACUGGUCCUAUAAAAUCAUGCUGAUAUUCAUAAAAAUGAAAAAGCAGAAUUCUGAGCAGAAGCAGACUCUCUAGGUCAAGUCUCAUGACAACCACGCCACAGUUCUCAGCAUUUCAAGGUGCAUUGAAUCUAAACAAAUAGUCUAGAUUCACGCAUGGCUUCCCAAACUUUCAACAAACAAAUUGAAGUUCCGAAUCUGCAAUUUUUGAAUGCAUGUAUCCAACCUUCAGGGUAGUGUGUGGUUGAAAUUGCUAGUAAUAACUGUGUAUCUGGAAAUAAGUUUGGGCUUCGGUAUCUCUUUGAAUGACACAUUUUGACAAUUUUUAUAAUGUUUCUAACUCAACAUGGGAUAUUUAUCAUGAAAUUAAGCUCAUGAUUAUGACUAGACUGCAGGUAUGCUUCCCAGUAUAAUUGGACAGUGUCUGACAGAUAUUACCUGUUUGUUUGGAUUAGAAAUGUUUGAAAUAAUUUUAAUUCAUUUGCAAUAAUGUAGUGCACAAUUAAUAAUGUAUCUUUCAGAAUUGAUAUAAAACAGAUUUUAAAACUUUCAGAGGCUUUUAUUCCAUUACAUUCAGCUAUCUGAAGAAACUGAGAAAUCUAAUUCCAAUUAAGUUCAGUGUUUAGAAUACGACUUAAGGCCAAUUUUCUAACUUUGUUUUAAUUAAACUAGAUUGAUCCAUUGUAAUGAAAUGGAAUUGUUUUAAUUUCUAAAAGCAACUGCUUCAGCAUAAACUGGUAUCAUGCAAAACUUUUCAAAUGUCUUAAUAUUGUGACUGCUUGGUUUGCUCUUCAUUUUCAAAGUUAAAGUUUCUUCGGACGCUUAAAAUUUUAGCCAUCAAAUAAAAACUGUCAGGAAAAAAUCUAUAGACUGAGCAGAAGCAAAACAUUGUAUCUUGAAAAAGUAUGGUGAUACCAGCACCCUCAAAUAUCUUUUGGUUGGAUUCCCAGGUGAUUUAUUAAUUUAAUUAACAAAAUGGAUUCAUGCUAUUUUGGAGUUACUCAUCUUUAUGUUUUGAUUUUCGCAUUUUAAUUGAAGGGAACUUUUUAAAUUGAAAUAAUUGCUUCAGAAUUAAGGAAGUAAAGCAUUUUAUUUGGGGAAGAUGUGAAAACUAAGUAUUUCCACAGUGUUAAAAUUUUUACUUCUGUUUUUGGCUGAAAGUCUUCCCAGUGAAUUUACAUUGAAUUUCCAUACUUUUGAAAAUUUAUUUUCUGAGAAUCAAACAUAUUUUAUUGAAUGUGACUUAACACUUCUGAAAAUUAGUACUUGCUUGCUCAGAUGGAGAUCUCUCACUCAAUGGACUGCUUGGAAACAUUAGUUAUAAUUCAUAGAAACACUCUGCAUUGGACAUUUUAAAGGAGCAGGUCAGUCUGUGCCCUAGAAGAAACUAACACCCAUCACCAUGAAUUCAGAGCUAAUACCAGCCUAAAAGAUGCAUUUCCAGCCCUACAAACUUAUAAAUUUAUGGGUCCAGUUCCAUUUCUAUUAAAGAAAAAACAACUGUUCUCAUUGUAUAAAAGUGUUCAUUUGAAUCCUAAGUAGAUGACACCAACAGAAAAAAGUGGAGUGGAAGAAAUAAUAGGAUAAUCUCAUCUUUAAUGUGUUUACACACAUUUUGUAUCCCUGCUUCUUACAGGCAAUGUUAAUAUUGUAGAAAUUCCUAUGGCAAGAAACUUGACCAAUUGAAAUUAACAAUUUCCUACAACAUAGGUCAUUUAUGGAAAAGUUAUAUGUGUUUCCCUUAAAGUGUGCAGAAUACAAUGAGAUUCUAGGAGGAAACCAAAUCAUAGGAUGUCCAUACAUCACUGCAUAUACCAACAAGGCAAGAUAAUGAACACACAAUAAAGAUUAAAUUUAACUCUUGGAACAGUGGGAAUUAGGAUUUUGAGGUGCAUUGGUAGAAAAAAAAGAGAGAUUAAAAAGGAGCAGAAGUAGCACAGCAGCAAAACAGCAAUCAUUUACUACCAACAAAGGGAAUGUUCAAUAUUGUUCUUAGUACACAGAUGGGAUUUUCUUGGAGAAAUGUAACAAAAUUAUCAGCACACUUGAGAUGAUAUAUUUGCUCUACCCACUGCCGUAGUACUUUUUCAUCAGUAAAGUACUUCAAAUAUGUAUCAUUACUAUUAAAAUCAUAACUGAGCCUGAUGUAUGGAGCCGUGCUGCAAUUUUUAUUUUAUUUAGACUAAUUUAUUAAAAAGUUACAUAUAUCCUAAUGGCAGCGAUAUAUACACUCCAAAUUAAUAAUCUAUUUUAUCUUGAUUGUAUAUUCUUGAAAUAUAAUCUGAGGAAACAGGUCACCCACACUGCAAAAUUUCAAUAACAAAAGGGGUUUAUUUGUUUUGUUUUGGGUUUUAGGGUUUUUUUUGUAACUGAGACACUUCUGGAAUACAUUUAACAUGUAUAUUUAUUGUGCAGAUUUGCAUAAAAAUGACAUUUGACCAUAUUGAUUUUGAAAGUGUUAAGUUUAUAUUUAAAACUGGAUAAUACUCUGGCAAGUAUAAUAUGUAAACUAGUAAUUUGGUUUUGUAUUCUCUGUAUAAAAUGUUUUAUAUUAUACAGUAGCUAAGUGAAUUGCACUAUUGUACAUGCAAUGCGAUGUUUUUUUUAGGUUAUUCGAGAUAUUCCUGGGAAUGUAGUUUAAUGCAAUAAUAUUUUUUUUUCAAUAAAAAGGCUUACUGGUAUAAAGAGUGUCAAUCAUGUAUUUUUAAUGUAAAGCAUACCAAAAGGCAGCAACAAAAUAAAAUGCAGAAUGACGCAAAAAUAUUCUGUAUUUUAAUCUGCAGAACUGAAAUGCAUUUAAUUCAUCCCUGUGGCUAUAAUCCUGAAAUUUCUUAGAAUGUUUCCUAAAGAUUUUAGUAUGUGUUAUAAAAGUGGGUUGUUUAAA